GUUUACCUGGUUUACCAGUUCCACCACGAUCAGUCAUCAUUGAACGUCUUCCACCUCCUCCACCACGACCACGUGACGUCAUCAUCGAACGUUGGGUUCCAUAUGGACCUCAAGCUAAACGACGUACCCUUCUUCACCGUGCUCCACCUCCACCCCCAUACCCAGCUCCACGCAAUAUCAUCAUUCAAUAUGAACAAGCCCCAGCUCGCAUUGUUCGCCAAUUCCAACGUCUUGGUGUUGUUUCAGCUAACCCAGCUGCUUAUGUUCAAACAUACGGCCUUAGCCUUCUUGAUGGUGCUUCACUUGUUGCUCGAGCUCGUUCUGCUGGUGUUGUUGAAGAUAUUUCAGCACCUGGUUAUGUUGGUUAUGGUCUUGGUGCCUAUGGUCAAGAAUGGGCUGCCUCAUCAGGUUUAGUCGGUGGUGCUGGUGUUAUCGCUGGAGGUGCUGAAUUGAUUGAUGGUGGUCUUGCUCUUGGUGGCGGUCUUGCUCUUGGUAGUGGUUACGAAUCAGCAGGCUAUGCAUUAGGUGGACUUGGUGGAUGGAACAGCCAUCUCGUUGCUGGUGGUCUUGGUGCUGGCUAUGGUAUUGGUUAUGGUGGAUUAUUGGGGCAAUCUGCUGUUGUUAGUGGAGCUGAUGCUGCUUUCCUUAAUGCUGAUUCUGAUUAUAAUGGCAGUCUUGAUCGCGAUGAAUUUCGCAAUCUCCUUGCUCAAAAUCUUUAA